UCAGAACAACAAGUGGAGUCGGCACAAACAAAGUCUUCCAGAGUUUUCUGUGAGCAAGCGGCAAGGUCAGGUUGCUUGUGUUGGGGAGGAAAUGUGAUCCCAGAGGGUGGAGCUGCCCUGUGGAUCAUCACAUCACAUCACUCCACUCCGCUUCACUCUACGUCCAUCUACUACCCGGCUUGUCAUGUCGCUAAUCUUAUGCGGCUUUGUCCUUCAGUGCGGAUCUACCAAGGCUGCUGACCAUCUCAACAACAAGGCUCCCACAGACAAAGUUUUUAAUUCAGACCCGAAAGGGUGACUACGGCAAAACUUCACUCAAAUAUCACUUUUCGUUGCCUAUGUGAAGAAACAAGGACAUUUGCGAUGCUUGUACCCCGGAGGAAUGCUAGAAAUGGCAACCAUCUCAUUGCUUUGACACGGAGGCACCACAGCAGAGACGUGACAACUUUUCGAUUUUAUUUUUUUUUUUGUCUUUUCUUUUUUUAACCACAAACCAGCAGCACUUCAUUCACUCAUUCAAGAGCUGAAGCUUUAGUCGAGAGACCUUUCUACUCAUCUUUCUGCUCUGAUUUUCUGUGUGGAGAUAAAAGGUCAACGUAAGCCGCGAUGAAAUGGGAAAAGUUAAAACCGCCAGAACCGGAUGAUCCCAUGUGUUGCUGUGAAUGUGACGUAUUCCAGUACGGCUGUUGCUGUGACUGUGAGGAUCUGGAUGAGGCCUUCAACAGAUGGCUGAGGGACAAGGCACCAAAGAGUGGAUGUCAUUCAUUUCUACUGGGGGCCUUGAUUGACAACUUGGAGAUCUCCCUGGUCCCUGCGCUGGUUUUACUGCCUCUGCUGAUGCGUGUCGCGGCGCUGCACUACCUGCUGGGUAUCAUGAUCUUGACAGCUCUGCCCGGGCUGGUGCUCUGGCUCUACUACGCCACUCACAAGAGAAAGAGACGCACGCUAUUCUUUCUCACACUGGCGCUCUACUCUCUGGCCUACAUGUACUAUCUCUUCAUCACUGAGAUUGUACCUCGCGGGGACGUGAGUCGAUUGCAGCUGUGUACCGUGACCGCGGGGAUGAUUUUCACCAUUGCGUCUCUGGUUCGGACCAAGAGGAGCCCGGGAUUUGUUAGUACUGCAGCACGUGAGGUGGACGGCAAGGGUUCACCAGCUCUCAGUGAGUCCGUCCAGACAGAGGCAUCGUCCUCUUUCUCAGGAUCGAGACCAAGUGAUAAAUGGAGCAGGUGUCCUGUGUGCAAAAUUGCACGACCUCCACGGGCGGGACAUUGUGGAACGUGUGGAGUUUGUGUUCAACGCCUGGACCACCACUGUGUCUGGAUAAACAGUUGUGUAGGGCAAGGUAACCACCGCAGCUUCCUGUUGACCCUGUGUGUGUUUCUGCUAACAUCUUUGUACGGGAUCACUUUGGUGCUGCGCAGCCUGUGUCCUCAACAGUAUCUAGUCAGCGCGCUCUUCUACUGCCCGGGCGUCUACUCUCAGUCCAGCUCAGCGCUCUGCUUCACCUGUGCCUGGUACAGCGUCAUCGUCACUGGGGGGCUGCUGUACCUACUGGUGGCACAGGUGGUGAAUAUCAGCUUCAACGUGACUGAGCGGGAGGCCCAGCUGGCCCUGAGGAACAAAACGGGCCAAAGUCGCCUGUGGGGGCUCGCCGUCGCCACGGGAACGUAUUCGCGAGGCUUCUACCAGAACUGGGUUGACUUCCUCACUAUGGCUGAUGCCUCGACAUGUCCUCGAUCCGGCGCCCCCCACUUGGUCUAGUUUCGCAUCCUUGGAUGCAGCUCAACAUUCACAGAGUGGAGCUCAUGUACUUCUAAAACAGGAAAUGGCGCUUUCUGUUUUGUUGUUGAUGGAUACUGGACGUCUCAAACAAAAUAUGGAUCUUACAUGCCUUCCUGAUUGAACCGUUACUGCCCAUGUAUUUAACGUGUGCAAAAUAAAAAGCUCUCCGGCGACUGUUUUUGCGAUCAUGGCGUAAAUAUGUACUUUAAAUUAUUAAUAUGUUAAUGAAGGUCUGACCAUUCUGAGUAUCAUAUUUAAUGUGCUCUUUCACCUUUUCAUAAUGCAUACGGUGGGUGGAGCAAGCUGUUUAAAUCAAUAGGUUGUCUUCAUGUAAUGCCCAAGUCAAUGCACGCUUUUUGCCAUCAAUGCAUCAUUUUUUUAUCACCAAGCGAAUGAAUGUAGGCUUCUUGAGUUAAAUGGUCAUAGUUUGGCUGAUGUACAAGACAGGGGGGUGGGGGGGGGGGGGUACAGACCAGAAAAACCUCUCUGGAUGAUGUGCAGUUCAAUCCCACAAACACAAUAAUAAAUCUACUGUAUUGUCAAACACUAUUGACAGUAUUUGAUCUCAGACGUCCUGAAUGUUUUGGCCUGGGUGUGUGGUUUUCAGAUUUAUCACCUCACUGGUGCUUUACAAGGGGACCGAUAGGAAAAUAUACACAAAAUGUUUUGGAAUAUUAUAUUUUGUAAUACUGUAUAUUACAAACCGGAGACUGAAAAUAAUACGUCUUAUUGUAAAAUGAAGUAUCGAUAAUCAGCCUAUAGAGGGCAGUGUUCAACUGAUGAUAGUUUUUGCUUUGACUUAAUCGCACAAUCUGAUUGGAUGCUGAGAAUGAUGCAUUACAUUCAUGUUCAUGAUUUCAUUUCAAAAGAAGUUUAGGACCCACAAGUGUUUGUAUUGAGACUUUCUGUCUCGCCAAAGCCCCUUGAGCUGCCGUGGUUCUGUCAGUGUGCAUAUUUCCAUUAAAUUGGGCGAUUAAGUCAUUCCCAGGUAAUGAACCAGAGUAAGAAAUUCCAAGUUAGCUUCCUGAACUUACUCACACUGAAACUAAAUGACAAUCUAGUGUGAGUGUGAAAAUAUACUGCAAAACGUGACUUUACAUUAAUUACAUUUGCCCUCAGGGUUAAUGGUUUAACCUGUUUUAACUGGCACGGUAUGUGUGGAUUCUGUGCAAAGAUCCUCCUGGGAAGUUGAAAGCCCCUUGGCCUUAUAUUUGCUUUACCAUAGUGCAGCGCUUAUAGGAUAUAGUUAAAAUCACUCAGUCAACACUCACUUUUCCCAUUCUAAAGCCGACUUGCAGUUUACAGUCAAUCUAGACUUCUGUCAAUGCUUUGCAGAGAUCUGGCAAAACGUUUUUUGAACUUUAAACUCAAAAGAAAUGUGCUUGUUUAGGGUGAGAUUUGCAUCAUGAUGCAUUGUUUUAAAGUCAACUUCAAAAAUCGGUGCAAUAUCAGGCUGAAUGCGGUGGCAAAAGCAUUGCCAGAGUAGCACAUGAGAAUGCGGUUUCUCAUGUGUCGAGUUGUUUGUGUUGUAACUGCUGACAGUUGAAUUUAAUUCUGCGCUCUCUGCUCUGGAAUACACCAGAGAGGAGCCGCCGUUUUGUUCUCCGUUUUUAGUCCAACUAACUCUUACUAUUAUGAAAUAUGCAAUGUGACACAUUCGACGAACACCCAUGUUACUCUUAAGCACAUUAUGCUGAAUUCUAAGCGCGGUAGGGUAUAACGUGUGGCUGCGCCAACAUGUUUGGACUCA